GAGGGCCAGGUUGCGCGGUACAAGCGGCUGCAAGGGGGCGUGGUCUUUGUCGACGCCAUACCCAAGUUACUGUCGGGCAAGAUUCUGCGCCGCGCUCUGCGGGAAAGAGCGCAAGCGGAAGUGGCAGGCACGACGUCCGCGGUUGCCAAGCUCUAAGAGCCGAGGCGAGGCAGCUGAAGAUGCCCGGGCCUGGCCAGUGGAAACAAAAGCUCUCGAGUGGCGGGCAUGCAUUCAAUUGGAAAGGUGCACCGGCGGGCGAGACUGCCUUUGUUGCCUACAGCAUGCUUUGGGUGCACAAAUCCCAGGGUUCAUCAAGGCUUCACUCUUGGGGGCGCCCGCGGGUGGCUUAGUCCAGUUGGCACCUGCAUGAGCGGUGCAUGCGUUCGGUUCAGUUAGUACUGUACAGUACCUGGAUGUUUAGAUGCUGUCAAAGUAAACUUCAUGCUGGCAUUUUUCUCACCUUGUGUGUGACCCCGUCGUGGAUAAAUACCUAGGAGCCAACGUCUUUGCGGCAGGCAGGUCAUAACCAUCAUCUCCCACAGAAACACCAUCACGCCAGCCCAGACUCACAAGCACCAGCCCCGCCAUUAGUCCAGACUCACUCAGGAGCCCGAGAGUCUCCUGUUCCUUUGCAAAACCACUUCGAGGCCGACUCGAUUCUUACCAGUACCGUUCAUUCAACGCGGCGGCGCUUCCGGUGGCCCGCCCAACUUGUCAUUGACAUGGAUUUAAUAGGCCCGCCCAUCGAAGUUGACUUGGAUGCAGACCCGUCGGACAUCGCCACGAGUUUCGUUCUCAGGGCACCCGAGUGGUUUGACGGUGUUUACCACGUCAUGGUGAAUACCCAGUUCCAGACUCUCGACCGCGAGGUGAAAAAUAGGAUCAUGGCAGAACUCAUUCGUCGAGCCCAACGGACACAUGUACCCUGCAAAUAUCCACAACACUUGACAAACGACACUGCACACAUCAGUGCCGAGGACUGGGCCAGAGACUGUCAGGCCUUGGAGGCCGAUGCACGGGCCGCACUCCUUGCUGAUGGCUGUCCUCCCCGUUACCCGCCCAACCUCCCUGUCCCACUGCCCAAGAACCUUCCCUGCGACUACUACGACAUCAUCGCCUUCUGGAGGUCUCAUAUGAAAACGACGGACCACGUUCUUGCCGCCCAGUACGCUGACUGGCGUAUUUUCUUUUACGAGCAAAAGCGCUACUGCCGGCCCAUCGGCUCUACGGCGCAGAACAGGCUGAAGAUGUGGGACGAUUUCCAUGCGUACUACGACCGCAAGUACAAGGCCAUUGUGCGCCGUCGCGACGAGGAAAAGGCUAAAGCUGGCGUAUCGUACUACUUCCAGGCGCGGUCCGGAAACACUCCCCAGCAACAAAUGGUCAUGUACUCCAAGUUCUUCACCUGGAUUGAGCAGCAACGGGAGAAAAUGGAGGCCGCGGCACGCCUCGAGGCUGCUUCGCUCACAUCCAACACCAGGAGAUAAACGAGCCUAGCUUUUCACGUUGAUCAAGAGCCCAAUAUAGCGGUUGCGGGCCGUCUGGAUCCCCUCAACACCGGAAGCAAAAGUCGAGACGAACAAGUUUCAUUCAGACACGCAUUGGAAUGAAUCGCAGGACUACGCUUGCCAAGGGGUUUCAGGCUGUGUAUAACACCUCCCUCUCAGGGGGCAAAGACAGCAACGUUGAUAAAUUCAAUGCUAAAAAAAUGUAUUGAU